GACAUGCAUCAUUCACCAUAGAGCAAGAGGGAGAGAGAGACAGACAGACAGACAGACAGAGGGGUUUAUGCUGCCCCAUGGGAAGCAGAAAUGUUCAGUGUGCCCAGAGUAUCUUCCAUAUUUCACUCAGAUAUCUCACUAUCAUGUUGGAAACAUGGUAGUAGUUAAGUACUCCUGAAAAUUUUAAUUUUUUCUUCUACUUUCAUUUUUCUUUUGGCUUGCUUUCUUUUGGCAUUCUUUUCAUUUGUUUUUUUUCUUCUUUCCUUCCUCUUGCGCUUCUUUCUUCCUUCCCUUCUUUACUUCUUCCGUUUUGGUAUGAAAGAGGAUUAGAUUGGUUGUUCUCAGAACGAGGAGCAAAAAUUGAUGCAUGGAUCAGUAGUGCUGUUGGAGUGGCUGUCAAUGAACCCUUUGGAGGUCUCCAGAGAAAACAGAACCCGAAAUGGUGUGGGAAAAGAAUCCAUGAACAAUCAUCACGAAUAUUUGCAUUACUUUUGAUUUGGCGUUUCCUCCCUUCAUGAAACUGGCCUACAAGAGAAUCAUAGAAGAUAUAGAAGCUAAAAUUAGGUGAAAGCCUGACUGAAGGUGGCAUACAGCUCUGCAUUUAUUUCACUUUUUCGCCUUCAACACAUAUCUGAAUAAGUCCUGAAAAACUGAUCUGUCCAAGCUAAACAUCCUGGAAGAAGGCACUAGAGCAUACCUCUCUUCUACAUGAGUGAAAAAAGAAAGACAAGAAAAAUACCCAGCCAAAUGCCAGCAAAGAGAUGGUUAUCAUCAUAUGGAAACUUGAGGCAUUUCUGUAUAGUACAUUCGUAAUCUAAAUCGGAGAGAACCAACUACCAUGAAGCUCCAGAAGGCCUUACAAUAAAUAGGAGAAAAUUAUAAGGAUUUUUCAUCUGUCCUUCUACAUUACACUUUCAUGCAGUUACUGUGAACAAACCCAAGACAACUGUGCAGAUAAAUCUUUAAAAAUUCUCCAAAUCAGGCAUUUAGGGUAACAGAUGUGGCAAAAGAUUAUUUUAUACUUUAUACCUUUUGAUGAUUUGUCUUUUAGAAAAAGUAGCAGUUAAUUGUUAAUGUAGAUUUUGAAUCAUUGUUAGGCAAUAACAAUGUCUCUAGAAAGGAUCAAGCUUGUGAAUGACACGUGUAACAGGACAGAUGGAGAUAACCCAGAUUUUCGGUAUUUUAUCUAUGCAGCAACAUAUACAGUCAUUCUUGUGCCAGGUCUUAUAGGGAACAUAUUAGCCUUAUGGGUAUUUUAUGGUUAUAUGAAAGAAACCAAACGUGCUGUGAUAUUUAUGAUAAACUUAGCCAUUGCUGACUUAUUACAAGUUCUCUCCCUGCCCCUGAGAAUCUUUUACUAUUUGAACCAUGAUUGGCCAUUUGGGCAUGGCCUCUGCAUGUUCUGUUUCUACCUAAAAUAUGUCAACAUGUAUGCAAGCAUCUACUUCUUGGUCUGCAUUAGCAUACGACGAUUUUGGUUUCUCAUGUACCCCUUUCGCUUCAAUGACUGCAAACAGAAAUAUGAUUUGUGCAUCAGUAUUGCUGGCUGGCUGAUCAUCUGCCUUGCCUGUCUACUCUUCCCCCUUCUCAGAACCAGUGAUGACACACCAGGCAACAAAACCAAAUGCUUUGUGGAUCUUCCUACCAGGAAUGUCAAUCUGACCCAGUCUGUUGCCAUGAUGACUGUUGGUGAGUUGAUUGGGUUUAUUACUCCUCUUCUGAUUGUCCUAUAUUGUACCUGGAAGACAGUUUUAUCACUGAAAAGUAAACAUCCUGUUGCUCAAGACCUUGGAGAGAAAAAGAAAGCCUUGAAGAUGAUUCUAACUUGUGCAGGAGUAUUCCUGAUUUGCUUUGCACCUUAUCACUUCAGUUUUCCUUUAGAUUUCUUGGUCAAGUCCAAUGAAAUUAAAAGCUGUCUAGCCAGAAGGGUGAUUCUAAUAUUUCAUUCUAUAGCGCUGUGUCUUGCUAGUCUGAAUUCCUGCCUUGACCCAAUCAUAUACUAUUUUACUACUAGUGAGUUCAGAAGACGUCUUUCAAGACAAGAUUUGCAUGAUAGCACCCAACUACAUGCAAAAUCCUUUGAAAGCAAUCAUACCACUUCUACCGUGGCAACUGAAUUGUGUUAAGCAGCAACAACAGCAGCAAAACCCUGAAUGAGAGUAAAAAUACAUCAGAACACAUUUCUAACACUCCAAACUACAGGAAGUACUCACAGGAAGAAUUCACAGCUUUUCAGUUAUCCUCUAUAUGAGGAAGUCACAUCUUCACAAUUGGGACCUACUGCAGCAAUUCUACUUCACUAUCAUUGAUAUUGACAUGUUCAUGGAGUGAUUUUAUCAUGUUCUUAAAAUUUACAAUGUAAAAUUUCAGUGAUAUUCUGUACUCAUAUGCUCUCAACUGGAGUUAGAAGCUUUAUCUGCAAAACCAAGUCACAAAGACAUUACUUUCUUAGGACUACCAUAAACAUUUUGUUCGAUUAGUACAGAUGAUGAAUCUCUAUACUGAAGUGGAGUAUAGUUUUCUACUUGUAGUAGAAAUCACAGUUCACAUGUGAACAUGUUUUUAUUGUAUUUCAGGUAAGGUAGACAUUUGACUACUGUGUGUGAACAAAAUGUUAGCAACCUAGGUUCAUCUUUAUUUUUCUUGUGUGGUACACUCCAGAGAUUGAAGCUAUUUCCUUUAUUCAGUAUCAACAAGAAAUACUACCAUUCACACAUAGUCACUGAAUGAAAGUCUGAUCUCAAGCCUCUGCUAUAUUUAAAUUAGGAACAAUGCACAGAUUCAUACACAAUAACCCACUGCCACAUUCAAUCUUUCAAGGGCAGGUAGUUUGCCCUGUUUUACCCACAGUGACUCGAGUGGCCUUAGGACGAGGAGAAACCAUAAAGGUGAUAGUAACAAUUCUUGGCUUUAUAAAUCUAUCUUCAGAGGACACCUCUGGAGUUAUAUGGAUCUGACAGGUAGAGGGAGUUUCAUUAAGUCUUUAAAGUGAUAUUGAAGUAAUUCUGUUUGACUACACUUACUGAACCUAUGCAAGAAGUAGUGCACUAAUUAAUCACUGAGUUUGGUCGAGUGAAAAAGUGACAGAAGGUGAACUAUACCUCUUAAAAGUAUUACCACACUGUACAUCUCAUUCCAGAACAGGUGUCCUCUGUAAAGCCAUCUACACAAUCCAAAAUAGGCUUUAGAGGCAGUCAAUCAUAUUGACAGUAGAGUCUGUAUUGAUUGUCUUUUAAAAUCCAGCUUUGACCCAGCUAUAACAUUCUGAACACUUCACAGCCUAAAUUCCAGAAACAGGGGAAAACAAUUAGUUCACAUUUUGAGAAAAGUGAAGAUUAUUGUGGCAGCUGUACAGGCAUCCCUUACACUGCCUUGCCUGCUACCUGCUCGGUAAUAGUAUGCAAAGGAAAACUGGGAUCAGACUAGUAAUUCAACCUGAGGUCCUAAGUAUUAGAGUAAUUUUAAACAUGCUUUAUCAAAAAGCUCAGAACUUUUAAAAAGUGGUCUACUAAAAGCUAUGCCCUAUAUAGUGAAGAAACAUUCUACCUUUCAUCCAAAAGAAAUGCAGGAACCAAACAAGUGUUUUAUUUUACUUAAAAGAAGGCGUACUUUUAGGUACACUAUUAUGAUACUAAUACAUUUUGGAGAAAUCCUGGUAAAAUCACAAUGAAUUCUAAUAGUUAAGAUGAGUUGAGUAUUUUUAUCUUCACAAGUGUUGAUUUUUCUUCUACUUUGUUUUUAAAAUAAUGAUGUAUUAGACAAAUGACUUUGUGCUGCUAGCAACAGUAUAACUGUAUAUCUCCUUAUUAUUCAAUUUAAAUUAUGUGUUUUGACUUAUUAAAUGAGUUUUAAAUUUUGUUUGAAAAAGGUUAACUAUAACUGUGCCUUGUCUGUUUGAUUUAAAAGGUAUUAUAUUUCUUUAUUAUUUAAUAUUGUACUGGGAUUGCAAGCAAUCAUUUUGUACAGUGUGAAAUGGUAGACAUUUGUAGUGGAGAGUCAUGUCUGGAUGCUUUAUUCUGUCUAUUCUCUGUAUUAGUUUGAAUUACACUUCUUAGGGUGACUUUGAAAAGUCAGUUAUGUAACUUUGUUUACAUAUUGAUUUCACUUCAGAUGUAUCUUUUCUUAAAAGGGGAGAGUAAAUAUUUCCAGAAGAUUAUUGAUCAUUUUAGAGGAUUAAGGGGGAGUGCAAUUGUUGGGAAGACUAUUUACAUCAUUCAGGGAGAAGUUAAGUGUUCAGUAUUCUUAUGCUGCUUAGGUAAGGUGCUCCUUCUAUACAAGUCUUUCUGUCUAAGUUGGUAUGUGAAACUCUGAUUUACUGUAUUCAUCCCUCACUUCAUGAAUAUGUUUUGCCCUCUGCCCUAUUCCUUUGCCUUUCCAGUUAGUCUGAUCAACUUUCUCAGUCCAAGGUGUUAAAGAGCAUUAUCUUAUUACAUACCCAGGGACAUCUAAAUUCUAGACUUUAGAAAUAGGUAUUGGCACAAAAUAAUUUUAGUGGAAGAAUUAUAGACAGAAUAGAGGGGAAGAUAUUUUGAAGAAAGUGACUCUUACACAUACAAAAAAAGUGGUAUAGCUUACUGAAGCAGUGCCUUUCAGAUUAUACUUGGUAAGUGACUAUUUUGUUCACCACUUUUGGAGAUACUAAAUUUUAAGAAAUAUAUCCAUAAAUGUGAUUUCCAGUUUCUGGAGUAGCUGCAUAUUUUCCCCUGCUCUCCUCUCUCAGCUUCCAGGGGAAAACCUAAACAGGAAAAGGUGAAAUUUUCCUUGGUGAAAUCUUCUUUUGUGACUUCUCCUUUAUUACUUGUUACGUUCCAUGAAAUUAGGAUACAGAAAAUAAACAUCCUCAACUAUGGUCAUGUACAAUUCAAGAUAAAGAAUCUCAUAUUUCCUGUGUAAAGUUUUUUAUUUAAAAAUACAAAAAAUUAUUAUAUUGUCUCAGAGAUAAUGACAACAUAAAAAUCACUCUAUAUUCAAACUUUUUCUUAUUGGAGUAAAAGAGUUCAUUAGAUUACUAACUAAAUGAACAAAGGAAUAGGAAAGAGAGCAAAGCAUAUGGAUGAAUUUUAGGGUGCGUAUAGUAAAUCAGAAUAUCAAAAGGUAUAUAUAUAUAUGUAUAUAUGGCUUGUAUAUUUUUACUGUGACUCAUUUAAGCAGCAAAUUUUAUUGACUUGUAAUUCCAUGAAGAAGAGCUCUCUACCCCAGGAGCAACAAAAUUAAAAUACUUUGGUAAGAUACAUUGGUCUGAAAGGGUGCAUCAGUGGAAAUUUCAUGUAACUUAACCAUGUUUUUGUUUUCAUUUCUAAAAUACUGUGGAAAUUGCACUUGAGGCUUAUUUGGAGCUAAAAUUGAUAAUAUUCAUUUUAAUAAUAAAGAUUGUGUCUCUAAUUACCUGGAAA